AUGCCCGACGCGCUCACCACGAUCCACACCGCGGCGCUCGACGCGAUGAAGGCCGUGUUCGCCUUCUGGCAGGAAUACAACGCGUUGCAGGUCGCCAAGUACAUCAGCCCGCAGACGGACAAGGACCGGCGGCCGGUCGAGGUCGGGCUCACGGACCAGUUCGUGCUCGCGCUCGGCCAGAGUCUGCGCGCUGCGAAAGUGCCGGGGCUCGGACCGAAAGGCGUGGCGAGGUCAUGGAUGACAUAUUGCAGGGAAGAAUCGCAAGAGGGAUGGGACAUUGAUUGGAUGUACAGAGACGCGAACGAGAUGGCAUACCACAUGAUCUUCCAGGCGAAAUGCGUCGGAAUGCACAACGGCGCGGAGUACGCCGAUUUCUCAUACGAGGUCGGAAACAAGACCGGAAACUUUCAAGCUGAAUUGCUCAUGAACCACGUCGAGUCGCUUCGUCUUCUCGCGAAGCACCAAGGACACAAGCUCGUCGGCGGCUAUCUGCUGUUCGCGUCGACCGGCGUGAGCGUAGUGUGGAUCGACGACGUGUUCAACGCGCUGCAAGCAUGCGGGUGGAAGACGGGGGAGGCGCAUAACGUGGAAGUGUACAAGUAUCUGUUGAACAAGAGGCAGGUGAAGCACACGCUGCCGGAGGGGUUGGUGGCGAAGCUGCGGGAAUGAAGUGCGGCAAUAUUUGGACGACCCAAGUGUAGCAUAGACAACCGGUUGCGUGGGGAGCGCUUCAAGCCUAUGCAUAUGGCGCGGGCGAGACGGCAUCAGACAGAGUGCCAUGGUCGCUGUGCCAGCGCCAUAAUAACGUGCAACGGAGAUGGGAUAUUCUUCGGGGGAUGGGUUUGUGGCGCAUCAUAUGGCUGGUCUGCACGAGCUGUGGUCGCUAUUCCGAGGCACGCAUCGAAACAGUUGCUAAUAACCGCACGAGGCAGUCCAUCGAUCGCUGUGUCGCGGGACCGAGGAGGUUGGCCUGUGUCGUGUGCGUUGGACGGUCAGAAGCUGGCUGCGCUCUGGCCUGGGUCAUGUAAAUGUAAUAUGAUACAUGGUUCAUAGAACAG